GAUCUAAUUGACCAAAAAUCCGCUUUAAAAACGCGUGAACCCGACUCUACUUAUCUGAUCACCAUGCCUCAUUACUUGGGUCUUGACUUGUCAACGCAACAGUUAAAAUGCACAGUGAUAAAUUCCGAACACCGUAUUAUAGCGGAAGACGCUGUGAACUUUGACAAUGAUUUACCGGAAUUUGGAACCGUGCAUGGCGCCAUUAUUCACGGCGAUGUGGCCACUUCACCGCCCAUGAUGUGGAUUAAAGCUCUGGAUAUGCUGCUUGAACGUUUAGCAGCCAAGAACGUUGUCAAUAAUAUUUGUGGUAUUGCCGGUGAUGCUCAGCAACAUGCCAGCGUUUAUUGGUCAGCAAAAGGCGUUGAGGCUUUAAAGAACUUGGAUCCAUCACAACCAUUGACUGAGCAAUUCAGUAACGCGUUUUCGCGUGCUCAGUCGCCUAUUUGGCAGGAUGCAAGCACAACAAAAGAAUGCCGGGCGUUGGAGCAAUUUGUAGGAGGGGAUCAAGCAUUGGCAAAUUUAACCGGCUCCAAGGCAUAUGAGCGUUUCACUGGAAAUCAGAUUGCAAAGUUCUAUCACAAUGAGAAAGAAGCGUACGAUGCAACACAGUAUAUCCAACUGGUCAGCUCCUUUCUCGCUUCAUUAUUGCUUGGAAAUAUCGCGCCUGUUGAUGCGAAUGAAGGUUCAGGAACGAAUAUGAUGAAUAUCAUGACGCACCGCUGGGACAAGGAUCUGGUCGAUUUUUGUGGUGGAAAGGACCUUUACGGCAAAUUGGCGUUGGAGCCUACGGAGGGAGGAGUUCGUCUCGGACAAAUUGCGCCUUAUUAUGUGAAACGGUAUGGAUUCAAUCCAGAAUGUGUCAUCAUGCCAUUUACAGGAGAUAAUGCGGCAACGCUUUCCUCGAUGAAUUUGCGUAGCGGAGAUUGUGUGGUUUCUUUGGGCACUUCAGACACAGUUCUGGUGUAUCUAAAAAAGCAAGACGCGGUACCGACAACCGAAGCUCAUUUGAUGGCGCAUCCAACGGAUCCUGAAGGAUUUAUGGGUAUGAUCUGCUACAAGAACGGAUCUCUUGCGCGGCAACGCAUCCGCGACCUGUAUGCUAACGGAAGCUGGGAUACGUUCAACGAAUAUCUUGGCAAGCCAUGCAAAGAGGGACAAAUCGGCUUUUAUUACUGGAUGCAAGAAAUUGUUCCCUUUGCCAAAGGCAUCCAUCGGUUUGAAAACGGGCAACCUGUCGAAGAAUUCUCGGAACCCCAGACAAACGUUCCUGCCAUUUUGGAAUCCCAAUUCUUCUCCAUGCUCCUUCGAGUCAAAUACAUGAUGCCGUUGAGUAAAGUCCGACGCAUUCUUGCCACGGGAGGCGCAUCGGUGAAUAAGAAUCUACUGCAAGUGUUGUCGGAUGUAUUCGGUCUUCCGGUGUACAAAUCUCAAGGCACCAAUAGCGCAAGUCUGGGAGGCGCCUUGCUUGCAAAGUAUGGCAUGCGUGAAGACAAGAACAUGACAUUAGAGGAGAUGGUGAAUCAGACUCAGGGAGACGAUCUCGACUUGAUUUGCCAACCCAACUUGGAACGAACCAAACUCUUCAAAGAAAAGCUCUCCACAUUUGAGCGGCUGGAAAAUGAAAUAACAAAAAGAUAGUGGGAAAUCAAAUCGCAUUAGCCAGUUUUAAAAAGGAUAAAAAAAU